AUGGCAUCUUCCGAUUACUUAUGGCGCAGCAUCCCUUCAGAGCAGCUUUUUUGGCUUGCUGGUGGUAGCGGGAGUGCCUCUUCCGCACGCAGGCUAGUGGAAGCCCAGGGCGGAAGCUGUGGUACGGUGCUUUGCCUAGAAGAGCUGGAUGCCGCCGCUCACCUGAGACUCAAGCUGCCUUUCUUCGCUGACUCCUUGCUGGGAGCUGUGCAUCUGUAUGGUCCCCUGAGUUUAGAUACAAUCUUGGAUUUCUGCACCUACUUGCGGACGACCUUGCAAGAGGCUGAUCCGAAGAGUUGCGUUUGUUUGACUUGUUCCCGACGACCUGGCGCAGUUGCCAACUCCCUUCUGCUUCUUGGGGCUUUCUUGGUCCUGGAGCGGCAGUGGUCAGCGAAGGAGGUGAUCUGCCUGCUGAACAAGCAAGGCGGAAGAAUUUCGACAGUGGAGCUGCGGUUUCCAACGCCCUUCACAGCAAAGCCACAUUUCACAACAGAUUCCCUUAGCCUCCACGACUGCCUUCAUGGGCUGGAGACAGCCGUCACGAAGGGCUGGCUUGACAGAAGCGAGGAGAGACGCUCUACAGCUGCAGCGUUUGAUGCUGUUCCGGUCUUCUCAGUGGGCCUGGACAGCCCAAACUUUGAGCAAAUGGCUUCCAUUCGCUUUUGGAUAGCAGCCGAUCCCGUGACGACAGUUGAGGAUCCGUCCAAGCGCCCGGAUCCAAUUCGGAAGUGCGCCACAAGCGCCACCAUACACAACGUGGUCCCAGAUUCGCCAUCUACCAUCAGUACUGCUCCUGAUAGCUUCAACAGCAUCCCCAAGUCAGUGUCUGAUCCGGGAGCCAUGCUGUCACCAAUGUCAGCGCGGAGCUCGCGAAGCAUUGUCUGCCUCUACAAGUCCCUCUCUCACAUCCACACACUCGACGAGGAUGGUGUGCCGUCCGCGACUCCCAAGCAAGUAUGGAAUGAGCGCGCGAAGCGCUUGGAGCGGAAGCUUGGGCCACAGCGGACGGGCCUGUUCUCGGAGAAGCAUACUCUUCCAACAAAGGUUCACAAAACAGAUGGCGCUCAAUCCAUGAAGCGCCCCGCAGACUUGCCAGCCUUCGCCACCUACUUGAAAGACGAGCUAGGAUGCUCGUUAUUGGUGCGAGGCAACCGCAGCAAUGAGAGAGGCCUACCCCCUGGGGGAUCUUACGCCGACUUCUUUGAGAGGUGGGGCGUCAAGCAGCUUGACGUUCCGUUUGAGGAUGGUACCGCGCCACCAUCGCGCCUGGUAUCAGACUUAAUUGCGGCGGUCGAGACGCUGCUGAAAGAGAUUAGCUCGGAGGAGGAGGUAAAGCAGCAUCAGAAGCGCCACUCCGGACGCUACUCCGUUGUGGUGCACUGCAAGUCUGGCCUUGGACGAUCUAUGUCUAUGCUGGCAGCGUUGGCAAUCGCGUUUUGUCCAGGUCUUACUGCCGGUGCUUUCUUUGGAUGGGCACGCCUUGUGCGUCCAGCAUGCUUACAGACACCGCCUCAAGAGCGCUUCCUCCGAUCACUGGAUGAGGAAAGGAGUCUCGUCGGUGAAGUUACUCCUCAUAUGGAAUACGAUGGGCAUCUAGGGAAUACAAGGGCUGCGGGGCUCGCUCUUAAGGGUCAUGAUCGAGAAGCUCGGAUAUAA